CUUUCUCCUUUCGGUCUUUCACACACACCCCAAAACCCUCACUUGGCUCUCGUCCAGUGUAUAUAAAUCCCCAAACCCUCGUGCUUUCUUCUCACCCUCUCCCUCUCUCUCUCUCUCUCUCCAAAACAUUGCUACCGCAUUCUCUCAGCACUGAUCCAUGGCCUUGCCGAAUCAGCAAACUGUUGAUUAUCCAAGCUUCAAGCUUGUAAUUGUCGGUGAUGGUGGAACAGGAAAAACCACAUUUGUGAAGAGACAUCUUACGGGAGAAUUUGAGAAAAAAUAUGAACCAACCAUUGGUGUGGAAGUUCAUCCUUUGGAUUUCUUCACGAACUGUGGCAAAAUUCGGUUUUAUUGCUGGGACACAGCUGGGCAGGAGAAAUUCGGUGGCCUUAGAGAUGGCUACUACAUCCAUGGACAAUGUGCGAUUAUUAUGUUUGAUGUGACAGCUCGGUUGACAUACAAGAAUGUUCCCACGUGGCAUCGUGAUCUUUGCAGGGUCUGUGAAAAUAUUCCAAUUGUACUCUGUGGAAACAAGGUCGACGUGAAGAACCGGCAAGUGAAGGCAAAGCAAGUUACCUUCCACAGGAAAAAGAAUCUACAGUACUAUGAAAUAUCGGCAAAGAGUAAUUACAACUUUGAGAAGCCUUUUCUGUACCUUGCCAGGAAACUUGCUGGGGAUUCUAACUUACAUUUUGUGGAGUCCCCUGCCCUUGCUCCACCAGAAGUGCAUAUAGAUUUGGCUGCACAGCAACAACAUGAGGCAGAGCUUGCUGCAGCUGCAAGUCAGCCCCUUCCUGAUGACGAUGAUGAUACAUUUGAGUAGAUGGGAUUGCCUUUGUUGGAGAGCACUUGUGGUGCAGUUGCCUUCCAUUCGCUUCUGUUUUGUGCGUUGGUACAUCACUUAUGCCAUCCAUGAACUUCCUUCUCAGGAAUUUGGGGUACCAUUUAGUGAGGAUUUUGGUUAAUAUGUGAGGCUGUCCAAACUAUUGGAUCUAUGCUGUGAUUUGUUUGUGAAAAAGAAUAUGAGGUUCUUAACCUUCUCUUCCAAGUAUGGGGAUGUUUUCCUGUUUUAAGUAGAUCAUAUCAGUAACAUUAAAUUUGCAUGGUUGAACAUUACAUCAUAUUGUGAGGCUUUCUCCCCCUUGAAUUUGUUCCUUGGGCUAAUGGCCUUGGCUUAUGACCUAGCGAUUUUUUUGAAUGCUCUGAACUAAUGCUGCCA